UCCAGCUUCAAACUGCAAAGGGCUCCAGAUGACAAUGAUGGCGCCGGAGCGAGAGCCUCUGGUAGCGACUCAAACGAUCAAAUGGCGCGUAGGAGAGCGUCAAGUGCCUCGAUCACGUCACGAACUAGUAGCACGCGGGUUGAUGUCCAAGGAGACACAUCCUCUGGCUCUUGCGGCGACUUUUUCCGCUCUGAAUCAACCGGAAUCGGACGACUUCAAGGCGGUUGUAGUAGAUACUUCCCUCAGCUCUCUGGCUUCCUCUCUUGGCGACUCAUUCUCCAGGCGAAAAAGUGGUGGCGGAGUGUCUCCUGAACUCGUGGUGCUGCAAGAUGGUGAUGUGGACCCACUCGGUGCGCUAGGAUCGUCCGACAGCAUAAUGCGGUCAAAAUCCGAGUCUGUACACUCUAAAACAACUGCAAUGAGCGACGUACAGGGCAACGAAAAACCGAUAAAAGCUACAGCAAUGCCCAAUACGAUCAAAUUCAAGUGGAAGGAGCACACAGACCGCUUAUUGGCCAAAUAUGCAGAUCACACGUUCAAGAUCAAAGCGAGCAUGCUCGAAGUGAAUGACCUCGAGAACGAGCUUUCAUUUGCUCCAAAGAGUGACUACCAGAAGGCAGACGACCAAGCAGAAGUGUCAGUGAUCAAGAAAACCCGUGCUCGAUUGGAACAGUUGGAACGAGACCCUGAUAACAACAGUCCUUCGCCUGAACAAGACGAGAAAACGAUUGAAAUCUCUCAAAGCCAAUAUGUGGCCAAAGUAAAAGAGAUGCAGAAGAGACUUAUUGCAAGUUGGGAGCAAAAUCACAAGGUGGAGGCUCUGAGAAUUGCAAUUAAGUGUGUCAAGCUGCUCGCCGACACCGAUACGGCGCCUCAACUGUACCCAUGUGUGUUUGUAUUGGUAAGUGAAGUGCUUGACGCAUUCGGUAAACUUGUAUUUGAUCGCAUUCACACACGAGCGUCCGAGGACGAGAACGGUCAGCCUCAUUCUGGGCCUCUGGGUGAACAUUUCAUGAGCUCCGACAUCAACAUCCAAGCCACUGAAACCUGUCGCAACUGGUUCUACAAGACGGCGUGUAUCCGAGAGCUUCUACCACGAAUUUAUAUCGAGAUUGCAUUGCUCGGCUGCUAUCGCUUUCUGUGCGAUGGCGAGUAUCCGCAGAUUGUAGCUCGGCUGUCAAACAUGAUCAAAGGUGUUGGCGAGCCGAUGGUCGCAUUAUAUGCGCGUCUGUAUCUGGCCUUAACCAGUUCGGAAUUGCUGGGCACUACCUCUCCGACAGAGCAGACGAUCGUCGUGAAUAGCAGUCUAUUCGACUACUUCUACGUCUUCAACUGGUUUCGUCAAAACAAGCUCGAGCGCUGGCUGUUUUCUCAUAAAAUGGAGUAUGAGGACUAUCUGGCGCUGCAUUCGCCUGCUGUCGAGUGGCUCGUAAAGUGUGCGGCUCCAGGAGCUACUCAAGACACGUUUGACACGCUAUUGGCGCAUUACCAAGAGUAUUCCUUCAGUUCCAUGGUGCUCAAGCACUUGUGCGAAUGUUUCGGAGCCAAAUUCUACGCAUCAACACCCACUGAAAUGCUGGAGUUGAUACGCACAGCGUCGCCCUCUCUCGUGUCCAAGUGCCAUCUCUACAGCCUCGUAGCAGUGCAACUCAGUAACGUAUCGAGCAUCGCAGAUAACGAACCAGGAGGAAAGCUGCAGUUUCUGAACGAUUCGUGGUCGUCUAUCACGUCUCAAGAAGAUAUCACGCAGUACAUGGAGUGCGCAGCAGCUUAUAUGAAGCUUAUUGUUGCUCAUUUUUCGCAUCGAGAGGCUCUCAUACUACUGAAAGAUGUCGUUCGCCAUUUGAACGCUGCAACACCUGAAGAACUCACUGCAAAGACGUAUAAUCUACUUGGUGCACUCAUUGAAAACGUGGUGUUUGGCGCCAAACAGCACUACGACUUCUUCUCCAAGCUGAUCCCGUCUACAUCGUUCUUGGUAAGUAUAUGGUUAACCCUGUUUUAUCUUAUACUAACUAUAAACUCAUUAUUUAAACGAAUACAGGCUCUUAUGGGAAUGUUCAAACGGGAGUCGAGUGUGGAUGUGGCAAAGAAAGUAUUACGAGCUUUUGUUGGAGGAAGGUUGAAGAAAUCGUCCGACCGAUCCGGUACUUUACGGCUGCAUGUCUUGGGUCCAAAAGCUGCUGUGGCACACACACUCUUGGUUGUAUGUUGUCGAGUACAUGAUGCUCUCGACUCUCUGAGUACUGCAUCUGAACGAGCUGAAGCCAACCGCGAUAUAUCGGCAUUUAUUACGCGACUUGGAUACAUCAAUGAGACCACCGGGAGUGACCGAGCACAAGACGAAGAACAAGAGGCAUUGCUCAUGUUGUAUACAGACUGUCGACGUGCCUUUUACAAGCUGGAACCGAUCAAAAUGCUGUUAUCCAGUAUGGUACUUCGACUUGCCAUGCACGUUCACAAGCGCAUCGGAGCUUCUGUAGGAAGCAAGAAGCGUACUCAUGCACGACGGAAUUUUAUCCAAUCGUGCUUGGCGUUCGCACAUAUUACGAUCCCUUCGAUUGAGGCUCCACUGGAGAAGCUUCAACUUAUGGUGGCGGCAGCGAAUGUAGCGCUAGUGACCAACUGUAUCCCGCAGAUGGACGCGUUAGUGAAAGCUGCAAUCGUAUUACUGGCAGAUCUCGACCCGAACACUAUUCGAGUAUUUGAGGGAGACUCAAUUCUGCAUACCUCAAAUAGUUUUGGCGCUGUGGGACUGUUUGGUGCUGUGGGGGUUAACAGAAUGAGCAAUGGUAACGGCCAGAUCUUGCAGAUUAUCGCUCAGUUGAUGAGUGUGUUGGUCUACGCUCCGUCGCUGAACGACGAAGACGCCUUCUACUUUGUGUCUGCACUGCGUAAAGCUGUAUUGGAGCGUAUGAAGUGGACGCCGAUCUCUCGACUCGAAAUUGGCGUUGUCCGUGUGCGUGUACUGCUGAUGCUAGUUCAGUUAUAUGCUUUGUGGGGACAGAGAUCAUUGCCAGGUCGUCUGGACGGUGUGGACUCGAACGACGUGUUGUAUGGAGGAGAUGGCCCGUUCACACAUGAGGUGCAAACUCGCUUCAGUUCGACUGUUGAGGAAGUGGCGAGGGAAAUUGAGGCACUGGGUGAGCUAAAUGAUGGAAACGACAGGGCGGAAAACACUCAACGAGUCGUUGCAGCGCAGAUUGAACUCAUGCUGGACUUCGUCAACCUGGUCGUCCCUGUACUCGAGUACGACGGCUCUUUACCAAUUGAGGAAGCUGCUAGUCGACAGGGAAGACGCCACAAAAAGCUGCGGUCGGGCGUUGCGUUGGUGCGGAAGUGCAUGGCGUACAGUCAUGAGAAAGCACAGUCGCUCAAGCAGGCCAAACCGAUGGAAACGUCGACCAGUCAAGUGCAGAUGACCACGUGGAUCUGCCGCUACUUCGACAGCAUGCGCGUGUAUGUCGCUGCGUUCAUGCAAGGAAUGUCCAAGCGAUCCGCUGGUCUUCGACUGGACGCGAGCAGCCAACAGGCCGUCCAAGGGCUCGCUGAAGCGCUCAAUAACCUCGCACUCGCGUAAAAUCCCUCUACGGCUUGAAGUGGCGCGAUCUCGAGCCACCUUCGAUGGAGCAGGGUAGUUGCCUUUUUGCUUGCCCGAGAUGGCUAGCGCCACAAUUUAUUCUCCCGAUUGGUCGCUAUGGGUCCCCGAAUUUGAUGCUUCAACAUGCGACCCUUCAAGAUCUGUGCGGCAUACAAAAGUCAAGUUGUUUUGGACCGUUACAUCUAACGGACGUCCCUUCCUAUGCGCCUUCUCAAGUCUUGGCGGCAGAUCGGUUGGCCUUGACAGAGCACUCUUCUGCCAACGCUCAUUCCCGAAUUUCCGGUCUACAGCUCAAGCUUCUACGCCUCGCAAGAACCAAGCACACAGUUAAUCAUGGGCAAGGGCAAGGGAAAGGGAAAAGACAACAAGGAAGAGAAGACUGCUGCUAAGGACGGUGAGUCCAUCGCUGCAAUGCUGUAGUCCUGCUCAAGGUGCAGUCCCUAACCGAUAGUGAAUGUUGACUUUACGUAGCUCCCAAGGAGGAGAAAGGUGGCAAGGGCGGCAAGAAGGGAGGCAAGAAGUAAUCGCAAUGACCUGUCGGGCUUCGUCAAUUAGCAACAUGAGGGACCCUAUUUUAUAGCAGUGUCCUCUGGUUUAGCUUUCCGCCAAUGCCAUUUUCAAGAAUAAAAUUGAUUUGCUCUAACCGUUGACUACCU